AUGAGAAUACGCCUACUGAGAAGCACCUCGCGCCUGAAUUCGAAUCCCUACUCUUCCCUCCCUCCCUCAGCUUCGUCGCCUCCUCAUCCUCUUCCUCCUCUUUGCAUGAAGAAGCUGAAACAGACCCACGCGAGAUUGAUCCGAGAUGGCGGCGUAGGCGACACCCUAACGGCGGGCAAGCUGCUGGCCGACGUCGUCGCCUUCGGCCCGUCCAACCUCGGCUACGCCCGCGCCAUCUUCUCCUCCAUCAAACCCCCCCUCAACACCUUCAUAUGGAACUCCAUGAUCAGGGGUCUCGCCCACGGGUCCUCCCCGGCGGACGCCGUCGCCCUCUACAACAAGAUGCUGGCCGAGGGCUACUCCCCGAACAACUACACCUUCCCCUUCGUCCUCACUGCUUGCGCCAACCUCGUGGACGCAGCAGCAACACCAGGGCUCGGGCUGGCCGUCCACGGCACGCUGCUCCGACGUGGUUUUGAGGACUUCGACCCCUACAUACAGACGGCGCUUGUCAAUUUCUAUGCAAAUUCUGGCUCGAUAGACACCGCCCGCCAUCUCUUCGACAGAUGCCGGAGGAGAGACGUCGCUCUGUGGAACGCGCUCAUCAGAGGGUAUGCACAAUCCUGCAGGUUCUCUGAAGCUGUACAGGUUUUCAGGAGGAUGCAAGACGACUCUGAUCGUAUCAGAGGGGACGAGAUAACCACGCUUAGCGUGGUAUCGGCGUGUGCCCAUCUCGGGGCCUUGGACCUGGGGAGGUGGAUCCAUUCCUACAUCGGGAAGAACCAGAUGAGGCUGACUGUCAAUCUAGGCACCGCUCUGAUCAACAUGUACGCCAAGUGCGGGGAAAUCGAAGCUGCCUUCUCUAUGUUCGACGAAAUGCCUCACAAGGACGUGCGGACCUGGAGCGUGAUGAUCGGUGGCCUUGCCAUUCACGGGCACGCAAGAGAAGCUCUCCUCCUCUUCACGGAGAUGAAGACGAUGGGAGUCACCCCAGACUCGGUGACCUUCACCGGGGUCCUCUCUGCGUGCAGUCACGCAGGACUGGUCCGAGAGGGGCUGCGGAUUCUGGAGGAGAUGAAGACCAUUCAUGGCGUCUCGCCGACGAUCGAGCACUACGGCUGCGCCGUCGACCUCCUGGGCCGGGCGGGGAGGCUAGAGAAGGCGCUGGAGCUGAUCAAGGGGAUCCCUAUGGACCUGGACGUGGUCCUCUGGGGGGCCCUCCUGAUCGCCUGCCGAGCUCACAGGAACCUCGAGAUGGGGGAGAUGGCGGCCAAGGAGAUGCUCCAGUUGGACCCCCAGAACGCCGGAGCACUAGUGUUCUUAUCGAAUGCGUACGCCUCCGUUGGCAGAUGGGACAAGGUCGAGGAAACGAGGGAGACGAUGAAGGAGAGGAGGAUUCAGAAGCCCCCCGGGUCGAGCUCCGUCGAAGUGGGAGGGAUCGUCCACGAGUUCACCUCCGGGGAUCCUUCCCACCCCGAGAUGAAUCAAAUCUACGCGAUGCUGGAUGAAAUCUCCAGGCUCAGGAGCGCACAAGAGCCGAGGCAUGUGGCUGGUGCCGUCUCCUUCGACAUGGACGAGGAGGACAAGGAGCAGUGCCUCGCCCAGCACAGCGAGAAGCUGGCGCUGGCCUUCGGACUGCUCAAAACCAGGCCGGGGACGACGGUCCGCAUCAUCAAGAACCUCAGGAUCUGCGAGGACUGCCAUUCGGUGAUGAAGCUGGCGUCGGAAGCUUUCGGCCGGACGGUGAUCGUCAGGGACCGGGCCCGGUUCCAUCACUUCCGGCGCGGGUCCUGCUCCUGCGGGGACUACUGGUGA